UAACAACAAUCAUAUUUCAUUAAUUGACUUUGUUUAGCAACGAAAGCCAUUCAAUUUAAUAAUGGAAACUCGCUCUAAGUCCGCCAAAAAAGCUAAACUAUCCACGGAAUGUGGUUCUUCUAAAGAAACUUGCACUAACAAAAAGCCUGAGAAGUUUCUACCUGUGUCUUUGGAAGCUGCAGAGCGCCGUCAUUUUCUGCAUGAGAUGGUAAAGAGUUUCCCCCAAGCUAUACAAAAUCGAGUGACUGUUUUGAAGAAUGUUCAACUAGAACAUAUAGACGCGGACUCCGAAUUCUUCAAGGAAAUGAAUAACUUAGAGGUGAAGUACGCUGCUAAGAGCCAAAAGUUUUAUGAGAAGAGAUUCGAAAUAAUUUCUGGUAAGUUUGAUCCACCAAAGCAAGAGCCAAAGUGGAAGGAGUUCGAUACAAUUGACACAAUCGCAAAUGGUGAUUAUUCCUUUGAGGAAGUUUUGAACGAGUAUAAGAUAUCCAACGACGCUAUCGGUAUUCCAAAUUUUUGGUUUACGGUUUUGCGCAAUGUAGAUGUGAUUGCUCAUUUGAUCCAAGAACACGAUGAACCAGUUAUGAAGCAUUUAGUUGAUAUAAGAGAGAGGUGUGAUGAGGACAGUGCUUUUACGUUAGAAUUUCAUUUUGAUAAAAAUGAUUAUUUCACUGAUAAUGUUCUCACAAAAAAGUACACUUUCAACUUCCAACCUAAUAAACAAAACCCGUUUCAGUAUGAAGGACCGUUGGUUUGUAAAAGCGAGGGCUGCGAAAUCAAUUGGAAAAAGGACAUGAACCUAACGUUAACUACAGUAAAGAAAAAGGUUAAAGAUAAAGGCAAUAAAACGGCUUGCAAAUUUCAAAAUGUGAAACGCAAAUCCUUUUUCAAUUUUUUUAAUCCACCUGUUGUGCAAGAUAAAGAAUCUAUGGAUGAUGAGACUAAGGACACCUUAACUUUGGACUUCGAUGUAGGAUUGUUCUUUCGCUCACGUAUCAUACCUAAAGCUGUGUUAUAUUUUACCGGAGAUCUUGCUGAAUUUGAUCCAUGUUCAAGUGAUGAAGAUUUAUCGGAAAGUGAAGACUCUGCUGAUUCUGAUUAUUCCAACAAAUCAGAUAAUUCGGAUAUAGAUGGCGCUGCUGGAGGUGCAACUGGUAAUACCUCUGCUAAUACAGGUCUCGCUGGCGCCCCAGCUAUGAACAAGAAAUGCCAUUAUCAAUAAUUCAAAAUUUGCGUAUUUCGUUAAAAUUCAAAUUUUCACAAAUUUUCAAGUAACAUAAAAUUAAAAAAAACGUAAAACAACAACAACACGACACUACUGACCACAAAAUAUGUUUUAGUUACACAUGCCAUUUUUUUAAGACAUACAGUACACUACCUUUAACACUCAACACAAAACUUGAUUUCACUCAUUUUGUAUAACUUCUAUGUAAUCUGAAAUUAAAUAUAUUAAUUUUUAUUUUAUAUAUAUAAAAUUAUAUAAAAUUCACCGAAGAACAUACGGCAACUGGAUCGGUUACAUUUUGCAUUCAUUUGAAUUCACAAUUAUUAUUUACAACAAAGAAAUAUAUUUAAA